AUGAAAGAUAAACCUGCACCCUCCUAUAAAUACUUCGCGCAUAAAUGGGUUCGAUCACAAACUACACGCGGAUAUAUCUCACCUUAUGCGACACCUGCUUAUCCCGGUUUACGACGGUACAAAUCCACGGCUGAGCCAUCUCCUCCCGUCGUUCCAAGUACUUCCCCACCUUUACCAAAUAAUCCUCGUACGCGAUCAUAUCUCUCAUCACUCAUCCCUAAUCCACAUCAGUACGGCUCACCUUACAACUCAAGCACCAUGGCUCCUCCAUCUCGAACACAACGAGCAAAGCGCCCCCGCAAAAACGGCCCAAGCAAAUCCAACAAACCCGUCGUUCUUGCCCCACCUAUUCCAUCUCCUCCUUCUGCUACCUCUGCAUCCCAACAGCCCCAGGAUCCCCGCUACUCAUUAACCUACAUCCUUAACUCUCCUACUCUAGCUCCCCACAACCACAUCACCCCCGCCCGCUCCCUCCAAAGUCUCCCCGAGAAGAUCCGCCAUCUGAUCUGGAGCUACGCACGUUCCCGCACCAUCUGCAUCACCAUCUCCAACGAUCUCAUCUAUAGUCGCUCACCCAGCCCCAUCACCUUGCGCAUUAAUCGGGAAUCACGCUCCGCAACAAUACACCACUACUCUGCUCAUCCACGCUUUUACAUCCUGGGCACGCAACACGAGAACAAGGAGAGGAUUCACUAUCCAUUCUUUGAUCCCAGUGUUGAUAGCGUGGUAUUGAAUGGUAUUUCCAUGGAUCACACAUCUGCUCUGAGUAGUGCUAUUUUUGGAUUCUAUGAAUCGGGUAGGAAAGAGGUUGCGUAUCGAAAGAGAGAAGUGUUCGAUUGUGCACAUAUGGAUAUUCUGCACUCUUUGCAUAUUCCAGCGCGAGUAUGGGAUUGGAAUCGCAUUCAACGGGCGCCAAGGGCGGAGAUCAGGUUUCGACAUUUGUCGGAGAUUGUUUUGGAGGGGGGAGCGAUGGGGUUGAGGACGGAGAAAGAUGUUAAAAAGUGUAAAGCGUUGAUCAGAGAGUGUUUUGAGAAGAACGUUGAGGAGAUUGACGAUAUGGAUGGGGUGGAAUUCGAGAGUCAUGGGUUGGCGAGGACUGCGAAUGUGGAGAUCAAAGAUCCGGAAGUGAGAGUCAUCAUGCCCAAUGGUUUGGAUCAUGAAUGGAUGUUCGAAGAAGAUGAGCUGGGGAUGGAAUCGAUGGAGGAGCGGGCAUGGGUGAUGAAUUUUAUUAGCAAGGUUAAAGCGAGUCGUUGA